AUGGCAAAGUGUGGAACCUGUGGGCGCUUCCUGAAUUCGGCAGACGCUGUAGGUUGUUGUAACUGUAAGGUUAUACACCACCGAGGUUGCGUUGCGAUCUCUGAAGGAACUCGCGUGCCUAGCAAUUGGGUGUGCUCGAAUUGCAAGAUAAAACCACCGCGUCAGGGCAACAUUUCGUCGGUCCCUGUAACACCUGCACAAUCGAGGGUUCUCGUUAGUACCAGGGAUACUGCCGAUACCAUAGCCUGUGGUAGUGAUAAUGAAGUCACGCCCACCAACAAGUCGGCGGAGCUGAGUGAACUUGUAGCUGAAAUGCGCUUUCUCCGGAAUGAAAUAACAGCUAUGAGGAGUGAGCUUAAGGACUACAGAACGGAGAUUGCAGGUUUUCGUAGCUCUCUGGAAAACCUUAACGUACGGGUUGACAGCACCGACGAGCGGGUCACCUUGCUUGAAAAGAAGUUGGUUGAGACCUCAACUUCAAACCACUCAUAUGAGUCCAUUAUUCAGGACCUUAGGUCACAAAUAAAUGAACGUGACCAAGACAUGUUGCAUGAUGAUGUUGUGCUGUCCGGUGUGCUCGAGGCUAGGGGGGAGAAUGUCAUCCACCUGGUCAAGGCUGCGGCAGGGAAGCUGGGUGUCACCUUGGAUGACCGUGAUGUGGUUUUUGCUGAGAGGGUUGGAGCAGUGCGGCGAAACCGUACCGCCGGCGAGGGUGAUACGGCCCCCAGGCGCAUCGUGGUGCGAUUUGCGCGCCGCGCGCUGCGUGAUGACAUGCUGCGCUCGGCGAGAGUUCGUCGUGGCGCCACCACUGAGGGCUUCGGGUUGGCAGGUGAGGCCCGCCGUUUUUAUGUAAAUGAGCACCUCACUCGCUACAAUCGUCAGAUCUUCGCCAAGGCACGAGAUUUGGGACGCCGUCUGAAAUGGAAAUUUAUCUGGACCAGGUCUGGUAAAAUUUUUGCCCGAAAAGAUGACAACGGACAAAUCGAACGUAUUAAAUACGAAUCUGACCUUAAUAGGGUUUUUGGUUCUGGUCAGAUUUGA